AUGAAUUACUUUUUACCUUCAAACUCACUGACUUCUUAUCAUCAUCAUCAUCAAAAACAAAAACAAAAACAACAAAACCAAUCAAGCUCAGCAAAAAGAAACACUCUAGAAUCUCAUCUUGAUCAUCAUGAAACAUCCAAUAUUGAAGAUUGGACUCAAAUCGAAUUAAACUCAACUUCUACUUCAAAUCAUCCAUCAAGUUCAUCUGAUAUUAUAAGCACCAACCCAAAAGAAACUGAAACAUCAACUAACAUCAGAACCGUCGAUUCACCUAUUACAAACUUAGAUCAAAGUCAAUUAAUUUCUAAAUUAUUACCAAACGAAGAUCACUUACACGAAUCUCAAGUUGAUUCUUUAACUGAUUUUGAUCCACAAGCAUGGAAAAGAGGUGAAGAAGUGACUAAAGAUCAUUCGUCUCAUUACGAAACCCUUAAACCGAACUUGAUACCGAUUUCGAACCAACUUAAGAAAAUCAAUAUCAUGAAACCUAAUGAACUUGAAUCGAAACUAUCUUAUCAAAUCCCUGUAUCAUCUUCAUCUAAUUUAACUAAUCUAAACAAACCCUUUGAUGAAGUUUCUCAAUCUUCAAAUUUAAAUCAACCAUCGAAUUCGAAUUUACCAAGAUGGAGACCAUACCUUUCUAUAUCUCGAAGAAAAUCUAAAACCCUAAUUUCAAAGAAACCUAUUGAUGAAAUUCCGAUUAAAGAAACCAAAGUAAAUGAAAACCAAAUUCCAAAAGCUUUAAACAAACCAAAUCCGAAAAAAGAAAAUGAAGAAGAAGAUGAUGAUCAGAGUGUUAAGAAUCGAUGGUUUAAGAUCGAUUACAAAACUUUGAAGUUUAUUGGAAUUAGUAGUUUAGUCAUCAUCUUUGGAAUAGGAAUCGGAACUAAGAAACGAAUCAAUUUGAACAAAUUCAAGUCUAUGAUCUUCAAAUCAUUUAAACCUUUAUCAAUCUUUUAA